CUGCGCUUGCUUUCAGCCCCUUUUUGGUCCCAUCCCCUGGAUCAGUCCCUGUUCUGGCAGCUUGGCUCCCACCACGCGCCCUGCUUUUGCAGGCCCCAGAGCAGAGGUGAGGGUGAGACAGCCUGUUUGCAGCUUGGAUGCCGCUCACCACCUACCCAGUCACCCCUUGGAGUGGCCCACAGCCAGCCCAGGCUGGGCGCACCGCGUCGGCCAAGUGCUGGGUAAUGGGGGUGGUACAGUUCUUCAUCGGGCUCGUGCUCCUCGGGCUUGGUGGCACCUUGUUCUUUGCUUCCAGCAACUACAACUUAUGCAUUGCCUACUGGUACCCGCUCUGGGGGGCUGCGCUGUAUGUCAUCUCUGGCUAUUACAACUCUUCCAUUGCUACAGAUUCUUCAAGAUGUCUGGUGUCCUGCAGUGCUGUUUCCAGCUGCCUCAGCUUCUUUGCCUCACUGAUAGGAACUGUGCUUCUGGCCCGGGACCUGGUGAAGGUUUCCUUCCUCUACCCGCUCCCAGGCAGCUCUACGGUGUUCCUGUACUGCGAGAGGAGCCACCUCCUGGCUGAGCACUGUCGCAGGUUCCUGACCUAUGAGCUGGGGUUGCUGUUGCUGAUGAUUAUCUUCACUGUUUUUGAGAUGACUAUCUCUUCCAUCAUGUUCAGCUACAGCCUGACCAUUCAGAUCAUGACCGGCUUCAUGCACAUCGGCUUCGGGAUCGUCCUAACGACGCUCACCAAUGUCUACACCUCCGUCUUCGUCAUCGGCGAGAUCCCCUUCCUGGGCGGCGUGUCUUUCAUCAUCUCGGGCUGCCUGUCCAUUGGAGCGGAGAAGAGCCCCACAGAGUGUGCGGUGAAGGGCAGCCAGACCAUGAACGUCAUCAGUGCCAUCUUCGCACUGCUGGGCAUUGUUGCUUUCAUCAUAGACCUGAACCUGAACGGGCUUUACCGCUCCGGCUUUGACUACUACAGCUAUCUCAUCAUGCUCGCAGGGAACGGGAUCUCCAUCGUGCUGCUCAUCUUCACCAUCCUGGAGUUCUGCAUUGCUGUUGCCACUGCGAAUUUCUGGUGCCGGGCCACUCGCCUCAGCUCCAACGAGGCCAUGCUGAUCGUGCCCAGCACCACCCGGGCGGACCUGGCGGUGCCCCCGACGGACCUGCCCCAGCCGCCCAGCUACACUGAGCUGGUUGCCCCGGAUGUCUAGCCAGGUGACGCGUCUCGAGGAUGUCCCGUGCGCCUGGGCGCGUGGCACAGAGCCGAAGAGCAGCGCUGGGUUGCCUCCUCGCGCUGGAUCCUGCCUCUGCGCUCCCCAACCCGCUGCCCCCA